AUGGAUAAAGUCUAUGGAAGCAGAGUACAUGAAUGAAGGAAAUAACACACACUGGAGUCUCUACCUGAAUUAUUUCAAGGAAAGAAAUAGCAGGGAUUAGAACCUUGAAUAACGGUAGGGACAUUAAGGGUUGCCAAAAGGGUAGGAAAUUACGUUGUUAUCAAUGAGGAAUAGAAGGAUCAAAGUGUAAUGCAGAGUAAAUGGAGCAAAUUACCUAUCAACUCCACGAUGCUCCAGUUCAAAGUCAAUCUUCUUCCAGUCUUUCCCUUGCUCCUGUAGGAUAACUUCACGCGGUUUUGCUUCACCGAAAGGAUUAACCUUCUGCCUAGGCUUCACUACCGUUUCAGGUACUCCCAAAUGUCUGGUCGGGCUCUGAGCCCUGCUUGAGUGCGCACUGGAAGGCCUGCUGGAGUGAGAACUCGUGGGUCGGCUUGUCUUCUUGGUCUCAAUCUCAGCUUCUAGUCUUCUCCAAUCCAUCCCCUUCUCAGCCAAAACCUCCUCCCUUGGACGCGCUGCUCCAAAUGGGCUUGGCUUAGUCGUCUUCGCCGGCUCAGGUAGAGCCCCCGCAGCAUCAGCCUUUCGCGGUUCCAGCACGAGCCUGGGUCUCUCACGGUCGCCAUUUGGAGGCAGCUGGCUCACUGCGCCCCUUCCCCAGCGGUCGGAAUCUGCUGGAGCAUAAUCCCUAAAUCCCGAUCCAAACCCAGGUUGCCUGGAAGGAAGUGGCUUCUUUCCCGCUGCCCAGUUGUCCAUCUCGUCAGCUCUCGAAGCCCCGCCCCUGCCCCCAAGCGCCUCGUAGCGGUCCUGUCUGCCGGACUCCAUAGGAAGUGGCGAUGCGAGAGUCUUCUUCAUAGAACCCCAGUUAUCGACCUCGUCGGCCCGCGAAGGCAUCUGCUCGAAAUCCGAAGAUCUUGGCGGCCCCCGCCGCCCGGGAUCGUCAUCAAAUCCACCGUAAGACCUCCUCCCGCCGCCCGCUACGUCAUCCCUACGGCCAGACAUGCCGCUACCAAGGCCGAACGAGCGGAAACCGCGGCCUAAUUCGAGCUCCUCUUGGGAGCGUUCCCUUGGCCCGGUGGGGAGGCGCGACAGCUCAUCCGGUGUGAGGCCCCGAGACGUGGUCGAAGAGGAUGAGGCGCUGUAGAACUCCGAGAGAGGCAUGGUGACCCCCUUCUUCUUCUUGGGCUUGGCGGAGGCGGCUUCCUUGAGACUGGGGAAGCUCUCAGUAUCCGCCGUCGCCGCCGUUCCCCCCGCCGCCGCCGCAGCGGCAGCCCGCUCCUCGGCCUCUGCGGCCUCCGACUCGGCUGCCCAGGCGCCGAUGGGGCCCCAGGUCUUCGUGGUCGACAUCCCUUCUCCCCGCUGCCACUCCCGCUCCUCGAGCUCCUCCGGUGAGAUCUGCGCGAUUAGGGUUCGGCGAAUGGCGGUGGAAUCGGAAUCUCGGCGUUGUGGGGACGUGAGAAGAGGAAACCAAGCGUAAAAAGGCAGGGACGCCACUCUAAAGGGCCGGCGUCUAACAUGCGCCUCGAGAGAGAGAGAGAGAGAGAGAUAAUGGAACGACAGGGAAUCCUUUUGGGUGGGUGAUUUCCUUUCCUGUCUUCGGGAAAACCCCAACCUACUUGUACCUACCAAAAGUACAAGAAUACCCCUUCCCGCCCAUUACUGACCCUCCAAAUUUGGGAAUAGAAAUCUCAAACUAUUCCCAAAUUUGAAGUGAAUUUCUAAAGGUUGACAUUAGACAGUGAUAUGCAGUUGACCCCCCCUCUCUUCCAUAAGAGCGGUCACCUUGAUUGGUUGGUCAGCGCUAUCACAACAAUGAUGCUGCUGACCUGUCAACUUUGCCUUGCACUAGUUUGACUAGACUGGUGGAGACAUUUUGAAAAAAAGUGCAUAAAUGUUUGACUUUGCUUUUUAUAUAAUGUUAUAUGUUGGUUAUUUUGUCCUAAAUUUUAUAUUCGGAUAUUUUCUAAACUAUAAAACCUGACCCAUAACCAUGAUUUUUUUUUUCCAAAAAUGGAUGCAAAGAAAUGCCUAGGUUUUUUGUGAUCAGAGAUCUCCAGCUCAAAAUCAAAAAGAGCCCCUUUUAGUACCUGAUACACUACAACUUGUGAAGCCCUUCACUAAAAUGGGAAAAUAUAUGGCUUGAAGCACAAAGCUAAAUAAUUCCAUUGCUUUUUUUUCUUUAUUGCUUAACCAACCAUGAUUGAAACUAAAAAUUAGAAGCAUGUGUGUUUAAGAGAGCCAAAAAAAGAGGAAAAAGCAUGCGAAAACCAUGGAUUCAAAUAUGCUAUAAUAAUCAAAUAUAAACUCAAAUUUAAUAGGAUCCCAGCUAAAUCUAUAAUUGGAUAAAAGCAUAGAAAAUGAAUUUCGGAUUGGAGCCCUUGACAUGUACUAUUUUGGGUUAAAGAGAAUGUGUUCAUAUCACAGAUAUUGUUGACUUAGACAAUGCCCAAGCUUAUAUGGAGUUCCUUUUCAAACUUAGACAAUACCAUAUUCAUGAUGUAUUUAGUAAAAUAAUAAUUUUGGUGGUUCUAUUGAAGGUUGAUGUCAAGUGCCAAAGGAAAAAUGGAGGCAUAAGUUAUCACAUAAAAUAUGGAGGCCAUUAAAUCAGUUUUAGAAAUUACCACAACCUAAGAAUUGGGAUCUCUCUCUCUCUCUCUCUCUCUCUCUCUCUCUCUCUCUCUCUCUCUCUCUCUCUCUCUCUCACUCACUCACUCACACACACCCCCACACCCCACAUGUUGGGGUUGACAAUGAGAAAUGACAAGGCCCUUGAAAACCUAGGCCCAAAUAAAAUCCCAAAAUGUGAGCCUCAUAUGUACGGCUCACAAAUAUUAUAUAAAUUUAUUUCAUGUGUGGGUAAAUUAAUAUGUAGGGGCUAGGGAAAUUCAUGAAGACAAGAAAAGUUGCCAUAUAGGUGACAAUUGAAAUAGUCAUGCCACAAAGAAAAUUGAGCCCUAUUCAUUUAACCUCUUAUAGCCCAAACUAGUUAGUACUAUUAGUAAUCAUGAUAAAUGAGCUUGAUAUCCUAAUUUUAUUUCAAAACUUUGCUUUGUGGCUGGCCCUUGAGAAAAUAUAAUUGGUGUCAUAUGGAUUUGAGUAAGACUAUCUACUUUCACUCCCUCAUGCUAGCCAUGAAUGUUGCUUAUCCAACAUGAAGCAGCCUCACCACUAUGGGUAUUCUUAACUCUUUAUGACCAUACAUUAUGAGGAAAGUCUCCUUUCUCACAUAAAAAUAUCCCUUUUUAUAGGAGAGCGCCCUUACAUCUUUGUGACUAUCCUUACCUUGGUAGUUAUGAGCUGGUGAUGGUUCCAUUGGAAAUUAAUACAACUAUCACCCUAAUCACCCCUGCUCACGAAGAGGAGACACCCACAUCUGCAACAGUUGCUGCCCCCUAUAUACCCAUCGUAGUGUUUUGACAUGUUUCUCAUAUAGUCCCAAUACAAGCCACACCAUAUCACUUGGCAUCAUAUAUGCCUACACAUGUCCUACGUCAUGUUGUUGCAUGCAUCCAUGCACACUCAUUGUGCAAAUGUCAUGCUAUCACCAUGCUACAUCAUGGCAUCUUGUGUUGGCAGCCUUUGAGGUUUAGUGGAUGCUCCUCUCAUGCUAGCAAAGUCGUCCUCUUGUGGUACAUAUGCACACAUGCAUGCCCUCCAUGUUUUGUGCAUGCUGCACUGUAAUGACGCAUGCCAAAAUGACUUGUUUGUGCACUCUUCACUUGUGAGGUUCACAAAUGCCUUAUGUGAACCUGUAUAACCCAAAGGGUAUCUUUCGCCCAAGUCGUGUGCAUGGCACUGCUCUAUGCAUGCAGUAGUAUACCAUGUCAUGUUGAUGUGCUUGUUGCACAUGUCUGCUUUGACUAUUGUGUGGCCUAAUGCACACAAAGAGAUUUUACUUCCAAAACCUCAUUUCUUCAAGCAAGGGGUAUCAUAGUUGGGUUCUAAGUUUAUCUGACAAUUAAUGUCCCUAAUUAGAAUUUAUUUUGCUGUACUAUGAAGAAGCUCAUUAUUUUAUGACAAUAAGAGGAUCUCAAAGUUACGAAGAAAUCAUAUUUCUAAAAAAAAAAAGUUUACCAUAUGUAUUUAUUUGUCAUUAUGAUCAUAAAACUAGUGAGGGAAGUUGAGAACAUGAUCUCACAAGACUCACAUAUAUAUUUUUACUUCAAACUUAAGCUCAAGGCACACACAUACAAGCUAGGUCAACUCCAUGGGUCCACUCUCUUAUUUCCACAUAUGAUGAUCACAAAACCAAGUGCACUUCAUUCUAAAUAUCUUUAUAAUUUUCUUGAGAGUUAAUUUAUACAGAAUAUGGUCUUUUGACAUUGGAAUUUGCCAAAAAUGGGACUGGUCAAUCUUGCCACGCCCACUUGGGGUAAAAAGUCAAAAGCGCUCAAACCUCAUUUGGAAAUAUUCGUAAUGAUCAAUCUUCACCAUACCCUUUCCAUAAAACCCAGAAUGUGUUAUUUUAUGUAAAAUGGGAGCACCAAACCAUGUGGACAUUAGUCCUAUUAGGUGAGGACCCAUUUAAUUCCGUGUCUUUGUGGUCCAAUGAGGUGCACAGUGGUGAGACAGAUCGAGUGCCGUGUUGCAUCCAUCCUCAUCAGUCUGUGUGAGAAUGAGCGAGCGGUGUGUGGAAGAGGUGGGGAGGUGAGGGCCACGUGGGCAUCUGGUUCCAUGAAAAUGGGGUUCCCAAGCUCUUAGAGGGAGAAAUAUCGGCGGUGGCGGCUCCGAGAUGAAGAAAUUCAAUGCGCAAAUGCUUUCUAUAUCAUAAGAGUGAAUGAGAGGCCAUCGGGUUAGCUGGUGGAGGGUGACGUCACUGUAUAUCCAACUGGCCUAUCAGUGGGCUUCAUCCCAAGAAGGGGGUCGUACGGGAAGACUCAGGACGUCGGAAUCUCCGGCAGCGCCUCUCUCUCUCUCUCUCUCUCUCUCUCUCUCUCUCUCUUUGGGGAGAAGGCGAGCUGAAAUGGGUUGCGUAAAAAGUCAACUCCAUGACAAUUCACGAUUUCGAUUGGCCGAUUUUUCACCUAACCCGUCGGGGGAGAGGGUAUGAUAUCCAGAUCCGGGGGGCUCAGCGGGGGAGCUCCGUGUUCUGAUGGCGCGCGGGGCGUUGGUGCUGCUCCUGUCGGCCGCUGUGGUCGCAGGGAUCAUCGCGGCGGCGGAUGGGGUGGCGGCAGGGGAGAAUGGCUUCCGCUUGCACACGCUGUUCUCGACGGAGUGCCAGAACUACUUCGACUGGCAGACGGUGGGGCUGCUGCACAGCUACCGCAAGGUCCGGCAGCCGGGGCCGAUUACGCGCCUGCUUAGCUGCACCGACGAGCAGCGGAGAAGUUACCGCGGGAUGGGCCUCGCCCCCACCAUGGAGGUCCCGUCCAUGAGCCGCCAUCCACGAACCGGUGACUGGUAAGAGAAUGAUAGAGCAGCAGAAUUUUGACGGAUCAUUUGGGCCAGAUUCAUCAUUCUGCUUCGUCGAAUUCGAAGGAUCUCACGUUAAUCGUGGAUCUCCUAUUCUGGUGAUGUUGUUGAACUGUGGCUGAUGAAUGGCCUCUUCUUGGUUGAUAACUUCUUUUCGCAUGUCUCACGCGGCUAUGAUCUGCUGAGAUCGUGGAUCUACUGAGAUGAUGGAUCUGAAGCUAGAGAGGACAUAAAAAAAUGGGUUUUCUGUUCAAUUUAUUUAUCUUUGACUUUGCAAGUUCAGAGGGAUUCUUUGCUUGUAAGCUUUGGUUUUCCUAAGAUCAUCAAACUGUGGCCAUGAUUUUGUCGGAAAUUAUACUUCCACAAAAAAGAAUGGUUCCUUUUUCUGUGCCCAGUGAGUCAAUCAUUGAAAAGAUGAGGCGAACGGGUCAACUUCUAUGAAUUUCAUGAAUAACCACCAAUUGAUGCCAAGGCUAUCUCUUAUGGUUAUUCAUUCAUGAAGAUGUUUUGGUUCUCUGAAGGCAACUUUUCCCUCCGAAUACCUAAUGGCCGUCUUUUAUGCUUCAAUCACUCGGCCAUUUGGACUAUGUCUUCGGGUUAACAUUUGCAAAAAGGCCAUUGUUAUCAUUAUCACAUUCUCCCCAUGAUCUGUUGCUGUGAGUUUGAACGAGUUUUAGGUGUUUAUGAUUCUACCUCGACUCACGAAGAUUCAGAUUUGGUUGUGGGUCACGAGUAUUUGUUAGACAUUUCCCAGCAUGAUUCAGCUGUUAUUAGUUUGAGGAGGUUUUAAAGGUCUAAGGAUUCUUUUCCAUCCACGUUGCCAACAUCUUUUGUUCUAAAGGUCUGCCUAAGCUAUCAGGCGAGAAGACGCAAAUAAAUUUGGUAACUAAGUUGUCCAUGUUCCCUGACACAAAGUCUGAGAGUGCUUCCUCCCAUUGUCUUGUUUAGAUCCAGACAUCUUUUGUUUCUUUGUUUUUUCUUUCUUUAUGCAAUGCUUUUCGUGGUGUCUUAUGUUUUUCACUUUAUCUGCCUGUUUUUAUAAUUUCUUUAUCAUGGGAACCAUUCUCAUAUGCUCUUCACUUCUUGAUUCCGCCCAGUUUGCUAAUUUAAUGACAGUGUAGCCAUGCUUUAACCAGGUAUCCAGCAAUAAACAAGCCAGCUGGGAUUGUGCACUGGCUUAAGUACAGUGAAGACGCAAAGAAUACUGAUUGGGUAGUGAUUUUAGAUGCAGAUAUGAUCAUGCGUGGUCCAAUUAUACCAUGGGAGAUUGGAGCAGAAAAGGGACAGCCUGUUGCUGCAGAAUAUGGGUAUAUGACCACUUAAAGUUUAAGGGCAACUAUUGACUGAUCCUUUUCCAUUAUGUGCAUAAUCUCGCAUUAAGAUCUAUGCAUUUUGAUAUUGUUUGUAAAGUUAUUAAAAUUUGAGAGUAAUAACUUUCUAAAGAUAUUUAUUCUUGUGUUUAAAUUAAAGUUUGGGUUCUUUAGUAAUCUUGAAGAUACAAUCUAUUAGAGUUUAUAUUUUUCAGAAAUGCUUAUUAAAUUAAAUCUUUGUUCUAAACAAUCCAUUAUAAAUUUUAUUCGUUUUUAAUCCCUUGGAGAUCCCAAACCUUUAUUCCUUUUUAUGCUCUUGGAGAUCCCAAACUUUGAAGUUCAAGUCUUAACCUGGUAAGUUAUUUUUACAUUCUUUAAGGGAAAAUUUUAACUCUUUCUUUAUUAAAAUAUAAUAAUCUUUUACGAAUAAUAUCUGACGAAGAUCAAAUGCUGAUCUCAUGGUACGUGUGGGAUGAUAACUCUAUUAUGGCAAUUAAGGAUAUUUUUUCUCCUCUUGGGUUCAUAGCCUCCUUUUAAUAAUGUCUUCAGGUGUACCUUUUUUUUGAACAUAUGAUGGAUGAGAAUUUCUUUCGUGUUGCUAGUUUCUGAAAGACAAAUGGAGUUACUUUUAUCCUAUGAUAGUCCAUGUCAAGUAACUACAGACCUCGCUGACAGUCAAUCCACAGUUUCCAAGAGGAUUUCCUCAUACUUUGUAUAGUAGAGAACAAAAUUAACUAAAUAUGGUUCAUUUGAGAACUAUGAACAGUUCUUAAUUUCUUAAAAAAAAUGAUUUCAUAAAUAUUUAAUUUUAUAAAAUUAUUUAUUCUUAUAUUCCUGUUGACAUAAAUUUUUCUUUCUUUAGUGCUCUUGAAGAUACUAACUAGGAUUUUUCAUUUAUUUCAGUCAUGCUUAAACACGAAAUAUUGUCAUAAAAAAUUAUUGUGGAUCAUUCAAGAAAUAUGAAUCAUUUUUCCUUGGUUUCAAUCUGUGCUGCUUGGAAUUUUCAAAUUUGAAGAAAUUUUUUAUUGUAUGGAUUUAACUGAUCAGAACACUUAAAUUACCAAUUUUUAUUCUGAUGAAUCUGUAAAGGGUGAUGAUGUUACCCAUGAUGAUAUUAUACUUUCGACGGGUAUGUCAAACAUAACUACUUUGGAAGUGUGCCCUGUUUCAAACGAUAAACUUCCCUCAACACCUCAGUGAAGAUAUGCGUCAGAAACAUACUUGCUCAUCUAUCCUGGCUUUAUUCUCUCACUUCAUAUUAUCCCAUGCAUCAUUUAGUUUUUAAAUCUUAUAUCUUCUGCAGAUACCUAAUUGGAUGUGAUAAUAUUCUUGCAAAGCUGCAUACAAAGCAUCCAGAACUUUGUGACAAAGUUGGGGGGCUGUUGGCUAUGCAUAUAGAUGACCUGAGGGCCUUAGCCCCUUUGUGGCUAUCAAAGACAGAAGAGGUACGGGAGGAUCGAGAGCACUGGACAACUAACAUAACUGGUGACAUUUAUGGCAAGGGGUGGAUAAGUGAGAUGUACGGAUAUUCAUUUGGUGCAGCAGAGGUAAGAUAUUUUUCGUUCUUUGAAUGAGUAAAUGGGCUUGAUCCUCUUGCAUUUUUGGUUCUUCAUACAGUUAAUUAUCCUGAAUAUAGUCUUUGCUGCAAAAUCUCUUCAACAGGCUGGGCUUCGUCACAAGAUAAGUGAGAGCUUGAUGAUUUACCCUGGCUACACCCCACUAGAAGGUGUUGAGCCAAUUUUGAUGCACUAUGGCUUGGCGUUUCAAGUUGGAAAUUGGUCUUUCAGCAAAAUAGAGUAUCAUGAUGAUGGCAUCGUCUAUGAAUGCAACCGCCUUUUCCCUGCUCCUCCUUAUCCUAGAGAGGUAACACUUCUGAAGUAUCUGCCCUAAAUUCAGAAUUCAACACGAUCCUCUCAAUUUGGAACCAUUAUAAAAGGUUUAUAGAGAGAGGGGUCAGAUAAAUUAUAGAAUAGAGCAUGCCACCAACUAAAUUUUCAUAUUAUUUUUUUCAGGUACAGAUGAUGGAAACUGAUCCACAGAAGAGACGGGGGCUAUUCUUGAGCCUAGAAUGCAUAAACACAUUAAAUGAAGGCCUCUUAUUGCAUCAUGAAUCAGCAGGUUGCCCGAAACCAAUAUGGUCCAAGUACUUGAGUUUCUUGAGAAGUAAAACCUUCUCUGAGCUUGUGAAACCAAUAUAUUUGAGUAGUGUUGAGAAGAGUAGAGAUACAGAUACAAAAGAACGAACAAUUUUGAAUGAAAACGGAAACUCUCAUCCCAAAAUCCAUACAGUUUUCUCCACUGAAUGUUCCCCGUACUUUGACUGGCAAACUGUGGGGCUCAUGUAUAGUUAUCGUUUGAGCGGCCAACCUGGUGGCAUCACAAGGCUUCUUAGCUGUACCGAUGAACAACUCAAGAGUUACAAGGGACAUGAUCUAGCUCCCACACAUUAUGUUCCCUCCAUGAGUCUUCAUCCGCUGACAGGAGAUUGGUAAUCAUCUCAAUAUCAAUUUGAUUUCCAGGACUCCUGACAAUUUUAGAGGAUCUGUAUUACGGUUUUGUACUUGCUUUGCAUGAAGGUGUUUACCACGUUGUAAAUUUUCUUCAACAUCAGUUAGACACUUAAAAGGAAUGUGAUAUUAUAUUGCUACGAGUGGCUCCUGAGAUUUUUUUUCCUCUUGUUGAAAUAGUAAAAAAUUUCUCUUGCUGUUAGCUAUGCUUUUGUUUGAAUAAAUAUUAAUGAAGAAGCUCAUUUCUCGCAAAGUUAUGAAUGAUGUAUGAUUUUUGCUUCCUCCUUUCCUAGUACGUAGGAAAUCACCUUUCAAUGCCUGUGUCUUGCAAAACCAGACUCUUUGUUCAAAUUCGUGCAAGUAAAAGGUUAAAGAAUAUAUAUUCAUUGUCUUAUACUGAUACGUUUUCCACUUAAAUCGAUUUAAAUUGCCAGAGCUUCAAGUUUAAAAAUACACUGACAUAUCUGGAUGGUGUAGGUAUCCUGCAAUCAAUAAACCUGCGGCAGUUUUGCACUGGUUGAACCACGCAAAAAUUGAUGCAGAAUUCAUAGUUAUUCUAGAUGCAGAUAUGAUAUUAAGAGGUACCAUUACACCAUGGGAAUUUAACGCAGAGCGUGGUCGCCCAGUUUCAACUCCUUACGAGUAAGACCAGUGGUUUAAUUUGAAACCAUAUAUCUUUCAACUUUAUACCAUUUUAUGAAAUAUCUCUCAGUUGGUAUGCUUCUCCUGCCGUAGGUACCUCAUUGGUUGUGAUAAUGAACUUGCAAGACUACAUACACGCCAUCCUGAGGCAUGUGACAAGGUUGGUGGUGUCAUAAUUAUGCACAUAGAUGAUUUGAGGAAGUUUGCUUUAUUAUGGUUACAUAAGACUGAAGAGGUUCGAGCUGAUAAAGAGCACUAUAAAACUAAUUUUAGUGGAGACAUUUAUUCGUCUGGAUGGAUCAGUGAGAUGUAUGGAUAUUCCUUUGGUGCUGCUGAGGUAUGAGACUAAUGUUAUAUACUUUGCUGUUCUUACAGUUUCCUUAUAUGUCGGCUGUGAAAGAAAUUCUGCAUUUUUUUAGAGCAUUGUACGCACUUUCCUUAUAACAUUAUUUCCGUAUUGACAGGAAAUGAACACCCAAUGUUUGAAGAUUAUCGUCAUAUAAGUUGUCAUAUUUAGUUAAUUUCAAUAUGUAAUUACCAUUGAGAAGUGUUUGAAACUGUUUUUCUCUUUUCCAAAUUUAAAAUGAGUCAUUUCUGGGGACAAAGGCUAGUUAUUAUUUCAUAACUAAUAUUUUUAGUUAGAAACUACGAAUUAUCUAGCAUUGUAAACAGAAGUUUGUUCUUACCCAUUUAAUUCAUAUUUAAUACUCGAACAAACUUUUCUUGAUAUGUUUGCAUUCUAUAUUUCGUAUGCUAAUAAAAGGACAGUUUCAUGUCCAUCAAAUAUAAUGCUGCGCUUAUCACCAAAAGCAUUUCAUAUAUUUAAAAAUAAUUGAAGGAUAAUGAUCCCCAAUUGUUGGAAGUUCUAGGAGGUAAGGAAAUACAGUAAAAGACUGAGGGUAUUUUGGGAUAGUUGUCUUGGGUUCCUCUCUAUAUAUAAUGAUUGUUAGAGCUGAAUAGACAUUGAUGCGGUUGUCUGCCGUUCUCCCAUCUAUCCCUCCGUGACAGAGGUCAUUGUUCUUGUUCCUAUGUUUUUCAACACCAAUUAUAGUAGAUCAGGCAUAAAACGUCAUAUUUCACUAUUAACAAGGACCGUUUCAUGUACUUAUGCUCUACAAAUAUAGAUCUUGAAGUCUGCAGCGAAAGUAAUGUAUUUUUAUGUUUCAAAUUUAUUAGCUUUAGGUCUUUCGCCCUGUUGCAGUAAGGGCUCAUGUAUGAGUGAGAGUCCUGCCUUUUAGAGUAUACGAAGCAUCUGAAGGUAUCUACGAGAAAGUCCUUUUGUGACUCAAAAGUAGAUGAAAUGUGAAUGAUGUUAAGGGAUGCUACUAUAUACAGUCAUUAUGAAAUUUCUCUUCUAAGCAUAUGCUUUUUUUUUGGGUCCUUUGAAGGGAGAUAUACACAAUUCUUUGCCUUCUUUCUCAUUGUUUAGGUGCUGGGACCAAGGAUAUGGUUGUCUGCAGUCCCAAGUCUCAAAAGCCCAACAUGAAUCAAUCAUGCCCAAAUCUGUCUGAUCCUAAUCAGAUGGAAUAAAUUGGUCGAUUGGUCUAAUAUAAGGCUGAUUUAGUGAUCCAUGUUGGGCUUUUUGAGACUUUGGGAAAUCAGUCUGAUUCUAAUCAGAUGCAACAAGUUGGCCGAUUUGUCUAAUAUUAGGCUAAUUCAGGCAUGCUUGAUCCAUUUUGGGCAUCUUGAGACUUGUGAAAUCUGUCUGAUCAUAAUCAGAUUGAACAUAUUGUUCUAUUUGCCUAAUACAAGGCUGAUUUGGCAGUUUUGUCCUGUACUUACUUUAAAGAAGAAAUUCGUUUUUUUGAUCAGUCGCUUUUUCCUUCCAUUUUUUGGGAAAUACAAACGACUUGAAAGUGGUCUCAUACAAGUUUGAUUCAACUAUUUCUCUAACUAUUGACAAAAUGCUACACUUGGUUAAUUUUCCUUUCUAUGGACAAUUUUAGAGUGUGGGUUUAAGAUCAUUCAUUCGCUCUCCCUAUUUUGGCACUCAACUGUGUUCUCCUUUCCCCUCUAUAAGCUCUGUUCUCAGUGGAACCUAGCACUCGUGAGAGUCGGAGUGCCAUGCUGUGCUGCUGGGAUGUGGUAGAUGAUAAGUGCUGUGAUACGACUCCAACAAUAUAUUUUGGGUAG